ACAAUCUGUGUCUUUAACUGUCUGUCAUCAUUCAGUCAGUAUGGGACUCUGUCAACUUCCUCUUGUGCUCUUGCUGAUUUUAAACAUUCACUCUGGACAAACUGAAGAAAGACCAAAAGCCAAAGUGAGCAUUAAACCUGAUCAACAUGUAUUCAGAGGAGAGACAGUCACUCUCAGAUGUGACAUUGAUGGUGAAGGAGUCACUAGCUGGAAGUACAGCUGGUAUAAAGACGGUUCAGACAGUGUUUUCAGUGAACUACAGGAACACACAUUCAGUUCUGUUACUGAGUCUGACACAGGUAAAUACUCCUGUUAUGGAGCAGAGAGAGGAGGAUCACGAACAUCAAACAUCAGUGAUGAAGUUACAAUGACAGUAUCAGAUAGACCCAGACCAGUUUUAAGUGUUUCUCCACAGAAGUGGUUGACUGAAGGAGAUCCAGUUACUCUGAUCUGUGAGGUUAAAGACUCCUCUACAGACUGGACAUUCAGCUGGUUCACUGUAUCUCUUUCAUCAGAAAACAGUCAUCAUUAUGAGCUGCUCUCAGACAGCAGCAGAGGAGCUGGAGGAAACUACACGGUCAGUUCUGUCGAUCAGAUACACACAGGAGUUUAUGUGUGCAGCGCAGAGAGAGGAAAACCAGUCUAUAAAACAACCUAUAGCAACAAACAGCCACUAUGGGUCACCGGUGUUUCUCCUCCAGUCUCUCUGAUCAUCAGUCCCAACAGAACUCAACACUUCACAUUGAUCUCUCUCUCUCUGAGCUGUGAGGACCAGAGUAACUCUGAUAGAUGGACAGUGAGAAGAUACACAGACAAAUGGGGGCUGGAAGAUUGUUUACUAUCACGCUGGGGAUCACAAAAAGGAUCUACGUGUAAAAUCAUGUCCACUGACCCAUCAUACACUGGAGUGUACUGGUGUCAGUCUGAAUCUGGAGACAGCUAUAACCUUGUCAAUAUCUCUGUGCAUAUUGGUGUGAUUCUGGAGAGUCCUGUUCAUCCUGUGACUGAAGGAGAUUCUCUGACUCUACGCUGUUUAUAUCCAUAUGCAAGCCCACCAAUCCUCAGAGCUGAUUUCUAUAAAGAUGGAUCACUCAUCCAGAAUCAAACUCCAGAGAUGAUCAUCUCUAAUGUUUCAAAGUCAAAUGAGGGUUUCUACUACUGCAAACACCCAGAGAGAGGAGAGUCACCCAAGAGCUGGAUCUCAGUCACAGAAGUCUCAAAUGAAUCCUGCUGUAUAUUUUCUCAUUCAGAAUCUCAUAUGUCUGUCCUCCACACACUCAGUUCUAUACUGGCAGUUUGUCCAUAUCUGAUAGUGACAGUCGUGCUGAUCUUCAAGUGCUGCAGGAUGAGAGUUACAUCUGUUGAAGAGGAAGAAACUGUUGUUUGACAUUCUAUUGGGAUGGUGAGAAAUGUCAGCUUCAUCCUGAAUUUCUCUUUAUUCCUGAUUAUCCUAUUCACAAGCUUUUACUUGCCUUCUGGCAGUUUACUUGCUUUAAUGACCAAAUUUUUAGAGCGAUAAAUGCAUUUAAA